CUGGCGAGUAAGCGUCACCCUUGUGAUUAUUUUGUUCCUCAUCAGACCGAUCUUGAAAGUGGUGAUUAUGUGCUAGAAGCCGGGGCAAAACGCAAUUUCGAGGCUCUAAAGACCGCAGAAGAGCUCGAGGCAAAACGUCAGGCGGAAGAAGAGGAAGAAUUGGCUAAUAAUCCGAUGAAGUUGUUAGAAAAACGUACUGAUCAGAGUAAACAAGAAAUGGAAAUGGUUGAAGUAAUUGAGGACCUGAAACAGUUGAAUAAACGUCAAGCUGGCAUGGAAGCGGAUCAUGUGUUGCUGCGCAAAUUAUGGCAAGAACAAGAAACCCAAAAGAAAGCAGAAGAAGAGGCCGAUGAAGCCUUAAUCAAAGAAAUCCUGUCCGCUCGCGCUGCAGUUUCCGAGAGACCUGACACCGUUUUAUCAGAGGUUCUCGAGGACAGGACCGUUGUGAUUGAACCGACUGUGCCUGAGCUCAAGACACGAAGUACUGCAACAAUGCCUAAGCCCUCCACGUCGUCCUAUUUGAAACGUCAACUCUUCGGUGCUGUCUGUGUGAAGAAAGCUUCAGCUGUCAAACCAAAUACCAUGAACAAACCACUCAUACUAGUCUCGUCUUCCUCGAGUAAUAGUAGUACCCCGUCGACCAGAACGCAAGAUCUGUCUCAGGUGAAACGAACCAAGUUGGAUGACUCCGAAACGACCACUGAAGAGAAUCGGAUUAGUAUACUUCCUGGAAUGACGUACUCUGAUCACACUGAUAGCGACUAG